GUGAUUGGGUCAGCCCCAAGCGCUCUCUCUCUCUCUCUCUUUCUCUCUCUGGUUUCCUGUAGAGAGCUUUAUAUACAAGACUUGCCUCAACCUUACCUGCACAAGGUGGGGGGUCAAUGAAACAACAAAGCAAGAAAGCUCAUGGGAGAAAAAAGAGAAAAAAGUUUAAAAGCCUUAAAGCUUAAAGAAAGCUGAUUGCAGAAAGCAAGAGCUUUCCUUCUUCUCUCUCUCUCUACCAUAUUCUUUCUUCUAGGAGUAAAGCUGAAAACCCACUAUUCCAACCUCACCAGCUGUACAGGUAGGGAUUGAAUUUGUAACCAUCCCCACCAUAUAGUCUCCAAAAAGCAAUAAAAUCCAUCCAUGUUAGACAACACUGCUUCUUCUGCUGCUCCAUCUUCCUCCUCUGAUGCAUUUGCUUCCCUAGAAAAUGGCCUCUCUAACAAAAGAAAAAGAAGACCGGCUGGUACACCAGAUCCAGAAGCUGAGGUGGUGUCUCUCUCCCCCAAGACCUUGUUGGAAUCCGACCGCUAUGUGUGUGAGAUCUGCAACCAAGGGUUCCAAAGAGACCAGAAUUUGCAGAUGCAUAGGCGAAGGCACAAAGUGCCAUGGAAAUUGCUUAAGAGGGAGACGCAGGAGGUGAGGAAGAGGGUUUUUGUAUGCCCAGAACCAAGUUGCUUGCACCACGACCCAUGCCACGCCCUUGGCGACCUUGUCGGCAUCAAAAAGCAUUUCAGAAGGAAACAUAGCAAUCACAAGCAGUGGGUGUGUGAGAAAUGCUCCAAAGGAUACGCCGUUCAAUCCGAUUACAAAGCCCACCUCAAAACCUGCGGCACCAGAGGCCAUUCUUGUGACUGUGGCCGUGUCUUUUCCAGAGUUGAGAGUUUCAUCGAGCACCAAGACGCCUGCACGAUCCGGCAGGCUCGGCCUGAACUACAUGCACUGCAGCCAGCCUGCUCGUCACGAACCGCGUCGAGCACCAGCCCAUCAAGUGACACCAAUAAUUUCAGCACAACCCCAUUUCCUGGAUUGCCGCUACCAAAGCCGGUUGAACCUGUUUGCUUAAUCUCCGAGCAAAACAACAAUAAUAUCCCCUCCACUUCUGAACAGCAACACAAUUUGGAGCUUCAACUUCUGCCGUCGUCAGACGAGAUUUUCGCGACCCAUUUGAAGCUCUCGAUAGGCUCGAGCGAUGGUGGGGAGAGGAGUGAAGCAAACAAGACUAAUUUGAGUUCAAGUAGGAGGUCUGUAAGUGAAAAUAAUGCGAGUGAACGCACAUCAGAAGUGGCGAGGCUGAAAGAAUUCGCAAACGAGGAGCUAAAGUUGGCGAUGAAUGAAAAGGCGUACGCUGAGGAAGCGAGGCGAGAAGCUAAACGUCAGAUUGAGAUAGCUGAAGUUGAGUUUGCAAAUGCCAAGAGGAUAAGGCAACAAGCGCAGGCUGAGCUGGAAAAGUCACAGCUUCUGAAAGAGCAAGCCACCAAGAAGAUCAGCUCCACCAUGCUGCAAAUCACUUGCCAGGCCUGCAAGCAACAAUUCCAUGCAUCCACCGCUGUAGCGCCGUCCGAUGAAACAUCGCUUGCUGUAAGUUACAUGUCCUCCGCCACAACAGAAGGGGAAGGAGAGUGAAAUACUAAAUGACCAGACCAAGAAAACGUUGUUAACAAGCAAUCAUGUCUCUUCUUAAUUAACUCAAUAUUAAUCUUUUAUUCUUCAUUUUCUCUUGCUGUAUCAACUAGUAUUUUGGAGUCUGACCA